AUGUCGGACAUUGAAAAGUCAUUCAGCUUUCUGGACCAGAGCAUUCCGGCAUGGUUCACACAAAUAGCCGAAAUCGAGGCCAAGGUGUUGACAAUGCAAGAAGAGUUGGCCAAUGUCCCGCCCUCCACAUCCGUACCUCUCAAACGGAAAACAGGCUCAAUGGAAUCAUUAAGAGGCGAUUUCGAUACCGCGGUUGGAUCCACGAACCCAGACUCGUCGACACAAGCCACUCCAACGACGACUCGGAAAAGGAAAACUCCUACCAUCACGUCCGGCAAUAUAUCAGGGCCCUCGAAAUAUCGCGCGAGGCAUAUGAUUGUCGUCGCUUACGAUGGUCAGAUACAAAACUCGUUCGAACAGUUGGUACGCGCCAUUGGCACUGGCCGUAAUCUACUCCGCAAGGGUAAGAUGGCCGCUAAACUGGAUGCCAUGGCUGCCCUCUCUGGUCUUCAUGAUGACGAUAACGAUGAUGAAGACGGAGAGGAGGACGGCGGCAUCGACAAGUCAAAGAUGGGAUACCGACACCGUACAGGAUUCUCUGCCAUGCGCAACCGGGCCGUCAUGGCGCGGACCGGCAUCCCCGACAACUCCGAUAUAUCUACCCAAGUCUUCGAUUCAGCUGACAAGGCUCUGGAAUCUGCGCAGAGCUUGUGCGAAAAGGCCGCGCACAUAAUCCUUCGGGAGGGCGACUGUCGGAGAGAUCUGCGGGUCGUCCGAGCCCAUUUCGAAGAGGCGCAAGAUAUCGCGAAGAAAGAGGUCGCCAAGCAUGCUGCCGAUAGAGAGCAGCAGGCCAAUGAGGAGCAUGAGAUUGCACCUCCACUAACUAAAUUCGAAGCAACACCGCCAUCGAAACCUUCAGCAGAACCCGUAACACCUCCCGAAUCAACUAGCCUCCUCCAGGUGGACAUGGCGCACACCAACUUGCCGCCAUCCAAAGUGAUGGACAUUGAGGUCGACGACGAGGAAGAAGAUGACGACGUUCAAAUCGUCAUGCCUCCUUUGCGGUUUAGAUCACGGGCAAUGUAG